CCGGCGCCCGGUUUACCGCGGUGCAUGGUGGGGCCGUCGCCCCGGACAACCCGGCCCCCCACCCCCGCCCGGAACGCGGCUGCUCCUCGGCGGUGCUGGGGCAGGGGGCGCGGCGAGGGCGGCAUGCGGCCGGCCUCCCCGCCUUCAGCGCCUCCGGCGAGCUCCGACUACCACGAGAGGCUGGGCCGCCUCCAGCGCGGGCUGCGGGACAGUGAAAAAAAGAGACUGGACCUGGAAAGGAAACUUUAUGAAUAUAACCAAUCUGAUAUAUGCAGAGUUAAGCUGAAGUAUGUUAAAUUAAAGAAAUACCUGAAGGAAAUACGUGAAUCAGAAAAGAAGGCUCAUACUCGAAACCAAGACUAUUUAAAGCGGUUUGAACAUGUCCAAGCUCAUGUUGGACACUUUACCACAAAUACAGAGAAGCUUCAAGAACUGAAGAACGAAUAUGUGGCUCAAAUGAAGAAGAUGCAGCUACUGUCAAAAGAGAGUCCAGAAGCAAGAGGUGAACAGAAGGAUAAAGACAGAGGAAAGGUUGCAAGGCAGGUAGGAAUUAACUUGGGGACAGCCGCGUCAAGAGGACUGUAUCACCCAGCAACAAUCUUUAUGGGCCGCCAAAUGUCAGCCAUGUUGAGCAUCAGAGGUUUCCGUGCAGAGCAGAAAUCUCCCCAGCCCACAAAGAGUGUUUCAAUUCCUGACCCACAUUCACACCGACAGCCAGCCCGGAGUGGUGACGUGACAGACAGCUGUGUAGGACAAAUUCACAGUGACACACAGCGCUUAAAGAAGUCUGACAAAAUAGAUGGCAAGACAUCUCUUCAGAUUGGUGAGAAAAUGCCAGUCACAGGCAGCGCAUUGUCUGAGGAGGAACAAACUCACUGCUCGCAGAUAGGAAGCAACACACAUCACGGCGAGAGUAGUUUAUCUGAAGGCAAAAAGUCUGCCCAACUCCAUUCCCUGUUGCUGGCAAGAUUAAGUCCAGAGAACAGAACUACUGAUGUAAAGUGUGACAGUUCCAACAGAUCAGAGGGAUCAGAGGGAGAAAUACUGACACGGGAACAUAUUGAAGUCAAGGAAGAAAGAGCCGGACUGCCAGGUGCUCCCAUAUCAGCCUCGGAAUGCUGCGCGUCUGAAAAUGAGUGUUCUCAAGAGAAGGGUUCGGCUUGGGAAGGUUGCUCAGAUCAUGUUCCUCCCGGGGACCCAGAGUCACAGAAACCCUUCAGAAAAAUGCAGGAAGAGCAGGAAGAGGAAAGUUUGAGCAGCAGCAGCAGCAGCAGUGACCUCACAGUCUCUGUAAGUGAAGAUGAUCUCAUUUUCAAGAGUCCAGAACCACAGCCAAAUCCAAGUGACAAGAUCGAGGGAGAAGAUGGAAUAGAGGCCUUAAAAUUAAUCCACUCUGAGCAAGAAAGAGAUGCCCUGUCCACCGAAAAACAUAAUUGUAUUUUGCAAACCCUAAGCUCUCCUGAUUCAAAAAAAGAAUCCUCCACUAACUCACCAACAAGAAAUCACAGAGAGAGAGAGAGGCAGAGACACAGGCAGAGGGAGAAGCAGGCUCCAUGCACCGGGAGCCCGACGUGGGAUUCGAUCCCGGGUCUCCAGGAUCGCGCCCUGGGCCAAAGGCAGGCGCCAAACCGCUGCGCCACCCAGGGAUCCCUAGAAUGUCUUAUUUUUGAAAUCAUUCAGCUCUAUAAUCGCAGUGACAUUCUGAAAGAAGACCUUGAAGCCUGCAGAGCAGCUGUCCUUCACCAGCUUCCGAGACUCUUACCUGAGGGUAGCAGCGAUGAAAAACAAGUCAGAUUUGAACACGCACCAGCAGCAGGCUUGAGGGCACGAUUGGGUCAGCAUGUUGCCACCUUGAAAGAACAUGAUAAUUCUAUCAAAGAAGAGGUAGCUAAACCAUCUGAAGUUUUCCCAGUUAAAAACAUGAACCAGACAACAAGGGCAGCAGCCUUAUUGAAAAAAGCCCUUACAGAAGAGUGUGACGGUAGGUCAGCUAUUCAUAGUAAUGAAUCAUCCUGCAGCUUGCCAUCUAUUCUGAAUGACAAUAGUGGAAUAAAGGAAGAAAAACCUGCUGCAUGGCUCAACAGUGUUCAUAUAAAGGAACAAGAAAUUUCCAGUGACUGUGGAGGUGAAAGCAGGGAAGAAAGCAUGGCAGCGAAGAUCCCGAUCACAGAGACAAAAGCCUAUCAGUUGCUGAAGCAGUCUACCCUUCAGGAUAAUAUAAAUCACACUGAAGACAGAUUCCAAAAAGCAGAUGUUUCUGUCUUACAGCUGUCAGGUUUGAACAUUAGCAGCGGGACAUUCAAGACAAAGACAACUAACAAAAUUGCUUCAGAGGCUAGUUUUUCAUCGAGUGAAGAAAGUCCUUUGUCAAGGUAUGAAAACGAAAAGAAAUUAACUACCAAUUUAGAGUCUAAAGCCUUCUGGGGUGAGUCUGAUGACAGUAACUCAGAAAUUGAAGCUGCUUUACGUCCUAGAAACCGUAACACAUCCGCCAAUGAUUUUGAUGAUUUUUAUGACUGAGUAACGACUGUUGGAAAUAAAGUCGUUAAGGAAACUAAA